UCCUUAGAAGCGCCUUUCUUCGUUCUACAGGCCAAGCCUUUUCCGAUUGACGAUUCUUUUCAGGGACCAGACCCUUCUCCUCCGACCCCGUAAUUACCAUCGAGCUUGCCCCAACUUGCGCGACGACGUCACAGGUCACUUGAAGCAAAUUUGUGAGAAUAGACAACUGUCUUUUUCGCAACAACCUCGACAAGAGCCCGUACUACGCCAGCGACUUGACGUCCACCAGACCAGACGACGUCAGCCGACGAUAACCUCACUGCCGAAAUUCUUGGCAGUAACCAGCAACAAGAAAAAAAACAGCGCCCACUAUAGCGCAUUUAAGUCAACACCAUGGCUCGAUCAAAGAGAGGGGUUAGGUUCCCCAACCGAUCUGACGGACGACGAUCAAGCUUCAGCAGUGAAGAUGGUGGUUCUCCCACCAAGCUCAAGUCCCAAUCUUCGGGCCAGCUGGAAACAGUCAGCGAGAAGCAGCCUCCAGCAGUUGGCGAGAAGCAAGCCGAGUACGAAAAGAAGAAGGCCAACUUCAUAACUCGCACUUUCUGGACCUUUGUCAUGUUCGCCUUGUUCUUUACCGCGCUCUUUAUGGGACACAUCUACAUUAUUACCAUUAUUACCGCUAUACAGAUCGUCUCGUUCAAGGAGGUUAUUGCCAUCGCCAACGUCCCCAGCCGUGCUCGCUCCCUUCGAUCGACUAAGAGUCUCAACUGGUACUGGCUGGCAACUACCAUGUACUUCCUCUACGGCGAGACUGUCAUUUACUACUUCAAGCACAUUAUUCUGGUUGACAAGGUUCUGCUGCCUCUGGCCACUCACCACCGCUUCAUCAGCUUCAUCCUCUAUGUCUUCGGUUUUGUCUUCUUUGUCACCUCUCUCCAAGCUGGCCACUACAAGUUCCAGUUCACCAACUUCGCCUGGACUCACAUGGCUCUGUACCUCAUUGUCGUUCAGGCCCACUUCAUCAUGAACAACGUUUUCGAGGGCAUGAUUUGGUUCUUCUUGCCCGCCGCUCUUGUCAUCACCAACGACAUCUUCGCUUACAUCUGCGGUAUUAUGUUCGGACGCACUCAGCUCAUCAAGCUGUCUCCCAAGAAGACCGUCGAAGGUUUCGUUGGUGCUUGGAUCAUGACUAUCAUCUUUGCCAUGAUCCUCUCCAACAUCAUGAUGCGAUCCAAGUUCUUCAUCUGCCCUGUCAACGACCUGGGAGCCAACAUCUUCACCGGCCUCAAGUGCGAUCCCAACCCGGUCUUCCUCCCCAAGACAUACGAGAUGCCCGAGCUGUUCUUCCUCCCCGAUACCGCCAACUUCUCUUUCACGAUUGCUCCUAUGCAGAUUCACGCUCUCAACUUGGCCACUUUCGCUUCUCUCAUCGCUCCUUUCGGUGGUUUCUUUGCUUCUGGCCUUAAGCGUACCUUCAAGAUCAAGGACUUUGGCGACUCUAUUCCUGGACACGGAGGUAUCACUGAUCGCAUGGACUGUCAAUUCAUCAUGGGUUUCUUCGCCUACAUGUACUUCCACACAUUUGUUGCUAUCCACAAGGUCAGCCUUGGAUCAGUACUCGAGACAGCAAUCACCAGCCUCAACCCCGAAGAGCAGGUCGAGCUUGUCAAGAGCAUGGGUCAUUACCUCCGAAACCAGGGCAUCGUGACAGAAGACGCCAUCGCAUGCAUUGAUCGUCUCUUGCCCGGGAAGCAAUAAGUUGUCGCCGGAUAACAUACUUCUCGACUCCGACACAUAGUUUCAUAUUCUACUGGGUUAUCUAUCCCAGUCCCUUUUCCACUCACCCCUGGCGUUCUUUUUUGUUAUAGAGCUUCAGUGCAAAGCUGUACGUUUACAUGCUCCGGGUUUUGUAGGGUUCAAACCUGACUUGAGCUUAGGGUGAAAAAAUUAAAUAGUCUAAGAGUUGGAAACGUGGUAUAAAGCGACUAGAUUACUUCGUCUUUUAUGCUGUCAGAGUCGUUUCUCCUA